AUGGUCCAACAACUUCGGUUCGUCACCCUCGACGUCUUCACCCAUGACCGCUACGCCGGGAAUCCCCUGGCCGUCGUCCUCCUCGGCGACUCCGCCGGUGAAAAUGGCCAGGACAAGGACAUGAGUGUCGUCGGCGCUGCCACCGCCGGCGAACCCGACACAGACACCCUGCAACGCGUGGCGCGGGAAUUCAACCUCUCCGAGACCGUCUUCGUGUAUCCCGCUCACGUCAACCAGGAGGAUGGCGUGUGGGAGUGGCGGGUCCGGAUCUUCUUGACGACCGUGGAGAUCACUUUUGCAGCCACCACCAUCAUCACCCCUCCAUCUCAUCCUCACCCCUUCUCUCGUCAGAGCAAAAACUCACGAUUGUGCAAACCAAAUCCAGGCCACCCCAUAAUCGGCGCCACCUGCUACGCCCUCCAGCACUUCGGUCCCAAGGGGGUCCUCCCCCAAACCCGCGGCCGCCUCCUCUGCCCCGCGGGCCCCAUCGACGUGGAACUCCUCGACAGCGGCUCAGGGGCUCCCACCACAGCCGUCGCCUCGAUCCCCCACAACAUCCACCUCCACACGCAGCACCCGCUGACACCCGAUGCCGUCCUCACCCGCCUUCAACCCGCCGGGCUCAAACCCGAGGACAUCGUUUCCGCGGACGACGACGGCGGCCUGGCGGUGGUCAGUCCCGUGCGGGGCAUGAGCUUCGCGUUGAUCCGGCUGUCCAGCCUGGAGGCGCUGGCGCGCGUGCGAGUCGGCGGGGGCGCCGCGGCGCCGCGGGACGCCGUGCGGCUGGAUGCGGAGUGGGACGUGGGCUUCGUGGGAUCGUACUUCUACCACGUGGUGGGGCCGAGGGAGGGCGGCCGCGACGCCGCCGGUCCCGCUCCGAAGGGCUACGAGAUCCGCGCGCGGAUGAUGGAGGGCUCGAUGGAGGAUCCGGCGACGGGCAGCGCGGCGUGUGCGCUGGCCGGCUAUCUGGCGCUGCGGGAGAAGCGGGCCCUGUUCCUGCGCAUCACGCAGGGCGUGGAGAUGGGUCGGCGGAGCGAGAUCGGGGUAGCGGUGCGGGUGCGCGAGGACGGCGGGGCGGUGGAGCGGGUGGAGUUGAGCGGCGGGGCGGUGUCGGUGAUGGAAGGCAUGGUCUCGAUAUGA